CGACAACCUAACCUGCACCAGUAUAUAAUAACAACCUAACACCUUUUCCAUUCCACCCCCGGAAUAACGCAAUCUUCUACUCCGCCCUAGCCUACCCUAUCUGCUUACCCGCAAUCCCCGACCCUCUGCGGCAUGCCUGGGAAGCUGCUGUCUGACUCGUUUACUUCACUCGCCAUGUCUUCCUCGACCUCGACACCUAGUGUCACAACCGUCGCCGCCGCAUCUGCUCCCGCAGUCACCCCUUCCUCACCGUCACCCACCACAAACCUGCCUAAUACCACAACAACUGCUGCACAACCACCACCACCACCACUACCACCGCUUCCCACACUACCCUCUCCUACUUUGGAGCUCGCGGCUACCCUUGCUAUUGACACCCAGACAAAUACAGACAAUUUGGAGACUUCAACCUCAAAUAUGUCGGUUCAAGAUCAUGACAGGGACGCUACUGUAGAUUCAAUUUCGCAGAGAGUCUCGCUAACGUUACAAGAACAUGCACAACAUGCACAACAGUCGAUUAAACAGCAGCAGGAUUUGCAGCAGUUACAACAGGUGGCUCUGCAACAGCAGCAAUCUCAGAAUCAAUCAUCUCCUCAACUCGAAGCACAACCGCCACCACCGCCUCAGCAGCGGCAGCAACAGCAACAGGUCCAGCAGCAGCAGCGGCGGCGGCAGAUCCAGCAGCAGCAGGCCCAGCAGCAGCAGCAGGAGGCAUCACCAGGUCCUAGCGGUGGCCAAGUUUGCAGCAAUUGCCGCACUACACGUACACCUCUUUGGCGCCGUGCACCGGAUGGCCAAACUAUUUGCAACGCCUGCGGGCUGUAUCUGAAGGCUAGAAAUCAAUCACGCCCUACAAAUCUAAAAAGACCUCCUCACGGUUCUACUAUAGGCUCUCUUCAGUCUUCAUUGGGGGCCACUUAUGUUGCUGCCGACCAGGUCGCUUCGGGAACCUGUCCGGGUGGGGGUAGAUGCAAUGGGACUGGAGGAGCGGAGGGAUGCAAUGGGUGUCCUGCUUUCAACAAUAGAGUCAGCAAAGCAGCGCAGUUUACUGUAGCAACCUCGGCAAAUGGAAAUACGAUUCCCAUGGACCCGGCGCUCACCAGCCAAGACUCUGCUUCUCCGUGUCCUUCUGCUUCGGCUACGGUUGUUAGGACAGGCUCCCCCACGAAUACUACGGUUGUCGUGGCAUGCCAGAAUUGCGGGACAACCAUCACACCGUUAUGGCGCAGGGAUGAGAGUGGUCAUACAAUUUGCAAUGCGUGCGGCCUUUACCAUAAACUCCAUGGCGUGCAUAGGCCAGAGGCUAUGAAAAAGAGUGUCAUUAAACGACGAAAACGAGUCGUUGCUCCGACAAAUGGAAACAACAAUACUAGUCCCGCCCCCGCUCCUGCAGCUAUCCCAGGAAAUGAAUUUCGCCAACAGCUGUCGGCACAAACUCCGACACCUGCCGGCAGGGCAGACUCGUUCUCAGCAGUCCAGCCGCAGGGACAGCAUGACCUACAGCCGACUAAUGUAUCGGACGAUGACACGGUUAUGAGUGACGCGAACGGGAAUUCCUUGAGGCAGCUGCAACAUCCCGAUCCUGAGCAGAGACAAUACCCCCCACUUGUGGACUUUACAGGGGCUUUCCGUGAAGCCAGAACUGAUAAUAACCCAGUGUCUACCACCGAAGUGGAUUCGAAUCAGACAUCCAUUCCCUCCGGUCUCUCCGGUUCUCCUUCUGCCGCCCUCGCCCAAUUAUCCGCUGACACCCCUUCACAACCACGCAAACGCUCUCUAUCAGUUGCGGAAGCUGACGGUGAUAAUCAACGCACUCAUUCCAUCAAUUCGAUAUUAAACCCUCACGGUCAAAUGAGUAACGUACCCAUCGAACCUAGCCUCCUUGCUCUCGGUGUGGACGGCAACGAAACCAUUCUCACCGCGGAGCAAAAGAGACAGAUGCUCCUCCAACGCAAGGACUACCUCGAGCGCGAGAGCAAGCGUAUCAAGGCAGAGAUGGAGGAGUGCGACAAGGAAUUGGAGAGGUUGGCAACUACAGCGUCUGUCACCCCAGGAGAUGAUGAAGUUGUGAUCAUGGCAAACGGAAUUUCCACCGCCGGCGGAUUCUAGCGGUAUCCGCCCUUGGGAUUAGAAAUUUAUUAUACCUAGUUCACUUCUUCCGCACCUUCUUUGUUGCUUUCGGAAACACACAUUAGCGGGGUAGUAUCGAAACGGUAAUGGCGAGAUGUAUCAUUCGAUGUUGUGGGGCAUGGAAGUUAGGCUACCAAGGAGGUUUCAUUUUCAAUCAAAGGGAUGGGAUUUAGGUGGAUAGCCUCGGAAGCUUUGGCAUGUUUCGGUCUUUUCCUUGCUUUUCUAUCAACGAUUCCUUUUGGGUUCUGGUAUGCUUAU